CGCACGUUGGUGAUGUAAUGGCCAGUCGUCGUCGUAUUUUAAUGGAACGUAACCCAUAACUUGUGUAAUGACUCAAUGAGAUGAUGGUUUACUCUCCCUACAUUGGCUCCCGUCUCACAGCCAAGUCUUUAAAAUGCUCUCAGUGUUUUCUUUGCAGUGAAAACAAACAACUGCAUCAGUCCAGAAAUGAAUGCAAGUCUCAACGAAUGAGCUGAUUUCCUUUUUUUACUCGCUUUAUUUGUACCAAAGACAUUUUAUAAAAUACUUCAAAAAUCUAUUUGUUUUAUAUCAAAUUGCACAUCUGAUGAGUUUGGCAGAUUCAAGAUUCAAAAUAUCCAUAAUGUCAUGAUAAUAAGUAUGAAUAAUAAGGAGAAUAAAAAUAUAAAGGCAUACAAAACAAAACCAGUAGACAGCAAGAAGUUAAGUUUUAAAAUUACAGUUAAAGACAAAUCAUGAUGCAGGAUUUCAAACACACAACAUCAUUUGAAUGAGCGCAUAAGUGUUCAGGGUAAGCAUGGCAACAGAAGAGGGAGUAACUGUGGCGACUGAUAAGGGAGUAUCCGUAGCAACAAAUGAUGUUUUUAGAAACUGUUCCGAUCUUCCGGAUGAGAUCAUGCUGUAUCACGUCUUGCCACUGAUGUCCAUACGCGAAGUGAACACCUGCAAGCUCGUCUGCAAGAAGUGGCAGCAUUACGUGACCUCUUACAUCAAGAGGUUAAAGGUCAUUGACCUGACGCAGUGGGACUGUAUGGUAACUGAGGACCUACUUUUGGGGAUAGUGAAAUAUGCAACGAAUGUACGGGAACUGAGGUUAGACGUAUGUUGGAGAGCUGUAACAGACACCAGCAUCACCGCCGCUGCCGAAGUCUGUCACAAUCUGAGGGUUUUUGCCGCGAGUAGAUGUGGGAAUCUGACAGACAAUGCCAUCGUUACUUUGGCUGAGAUGUGUCCCCAUCUAGAGGAGCUGGAUCUCAGCAGCUGCUACGGGAUUAGCGAUGAGGCUGUUUGUGGGUUAGCCGAUAACGCCAAGAACUUGAAAGAGCUUCACAUGAGCAGUGUCUACGGCGUGACAGACUACGGAGUCAGCCAGCUGGCCUUCAAGUGCUCGCUACUUCAGAAUCUUGAUGUGAGCUACUGCAACGUUGUGAGUAACAUCGGACUGCAGGCAUUCCUGAACAAAGAGGGACCGCUGGCACUGACAGAGCUUCGGGUCAAGAACUGCCACAAGGUCACCUAUCCAAUGAUUUUUAAGCUAAUGGAGGCAGGAGUGGCUGUCAACAAUAUGUUCUGAUCAAGCAUCGAGAAUCGGCCAACAGUCGUCCUUAGCCCUUUCUACUGUACAGAGCCAAUUUUUAUUAUUGCUGUAUAUAUUUUUUUA